GGUGCUUCACUCUGCUGCUUCUGCCUCAUUCUCUGCGGCGCUGGGCUCUGCACAAGCUUGCUCCCUCUCCCUCUUUGCUCUCUCAUUUCUGGAGAGCAGCAGCAGUGCAAGUUGCUGGGGAAGUGGUGCAGGAAUUCAGCCCAGAUGCUCUUCAAGCAGGCUGAUCUCUGGAUCCCCCAGCAAGGCAAAUGUCGCAAAGAUGAGAUGACCUCAAGUUUGGGCCUGACCACAAAGAAAGCCCUCACAAUCCUGAGAGACCAAUUGUCAGCACUGCUGGAGGGGCACCAGAAGGAACGGAAAAAAGGCACUUCAUGGAAGGAGGUGUGGAGGAGCAGUUUCCUGUACCAUGGUAACCGCUGCUCCUGCUUCCACUGGCCUGGUGCCUCUCUGAUGCUGCUGGCAGUGCUGUUGCUGCUGUGCUGCUAUGGGAGCCAGCCACAGGGGAGCCAAGGUGCUGAGAUAGUCAAUGCACUGGCACUGUUCCUCCUGCUCCUCUUGGAUCUCCUCAUGAUCGGGCGUCAGGAGAGGCUGAAGUGCAGAGAGGUGGAGAGGAGGCUUCAGACCAUCGUUGAUAAGAUAAACGAUACACUUGGAAAAGAGGUGAAAUGGCCAGACUCCAUGUACCCUGACCUUCACAUGCCUUAUGCCCCAUCCUGGUCCCUUCACUGGGCCUACAGGGAUGGGCAUCUUGUCAACCUGCCCGUGAGCCUCUUGGUGGAAGGAGAUGUUGUGGCUUUGAGGCCAGGCCAGGAAUCAUUUGCUUCUCUGAGAGGGAUUAAGGAUGAUGAGCACAUAGUUCUGGAGCCUGGAGAUCUAUUUCCACCCUUCUCACCCCCACCCUCCCCGAGGGGAGAAGUGAAGAAGGGACCUCAGAAUCCUCAGAUCUAUCGUCUCUUCCGUGUGUUGAAGACCCCAAUAAUUGAUAAUGUCAGGUGGUGCCUGGAAAUGGCUCUGUCACGGCCUGUGACAGCCCUGGAUAAUGAGAGGUUCACUGUACAGUCAGUGAUGCUGAAAUAUGCUGUCCCUAUCGUGCUGGCAGGAUUCCUGAUCACCAAUGCCGUGCGCUUCAUUUUCCACGCUCCUGGAAUUGCUUCCUGGCAGUACACUCUGCUUCAGCUGCAGGUGAAUGGUGUCUUACCCAUCCUUCCAUUGCUCUUUCCUGUCCUGUGGGUUCUUGCUACAGCCUUUGGAGAAGCCAGAGUGUUGGCCCAGAUGAGCAAGGCCUCCUCCACCUCUCUGGAAAUGAUCCGAUGUAUCUGGAGCCACUUCCUCUGUGUUUUAAAAGGCAAAUCCCCAACUCUGAGCUUCACUUCCAGCUUGCUCCACAGUCUGGGAUCUGUCACUGUGCUCUGCUGUGUAGACAAGCAGGGGAUUCUUUCCUGGCCAAACCCCAGCCCAGAGACUGUUCUGUUCUUCAGUGGGAAGGUGGAACCACCUCAUGACAGCCAUGAAGACCUGACUGACGAGCUCUCCACAAGGUCCUUCUGCCACCCUGAGAUGGAAGAUGAGCCCCAUGAAAGAGAUGCUUUGCUCUCUGGCCCCCUGGCAGACACAGUGCACAUGGCCAAUGAGCAGGAGAGGAACAACUGGUCUGGUGAUGCUCCAAAGGCUCCUGAAGCCUCUGCCCACCGGAAGCCAAGCAGCAGAAGCAAACAUCCCUCUGGAUCCAAUGUGAGCUUUAGCAAGGACACAGAGGGUGGAGAGGAGGAGCACACUCAGGUUGUUGGGGACAGCGAGGUGUUGGCUUGUGAGGCUGAAGACUUUGUGUGUGACUACCACCUGGAGAUGCUCAGCCUGUCCCAGGACCAGCAGAACCCCUCCUGCAUCCAGUUUGAUGACUCCAACUGGCACAUGCACCUGAAUUCCCUCAAGCCUCUGGGCCUGAACGUGCUGCUCAACCUGUGCAACGCCGGCGUGACCGAGCGGCUGUGCCGCUUCUCCGACCACCUGUGCAACAUCGCCCUGCAGGAGACUCACAAUGCUGUGCUGCCUGUCCACGUGCCCUGGGGCCUCUGUGAGCUUGCCAGGCUGAUAGGUUUCACACCAGGUGCUAAAGAUCUCUUCAAGCAGGAGAACUAUUUGGCUUUGUACCGCCUGCCAAGUGAUGAGAUGGUGAAGGAAACCAUCCUGGGGAAGCUUUCAUCCAUCACCAAGAGGAGACCCCCCCUGAGCCACAUGAUUAACCUGUUUGUAAAGGACACCACUACCAGCACUGAGCAGAUGUUUUCUCAUGGGACAGCUGACAUCAUCCUUGAGGCCUGCACUGACUUUUGGGAUGGUACUGACAUCUACCCCCUCUCUGGCUCUGACAGGAAGAAGGUGCUGGAUUUCUACCAGCGAGCCUGCCUGUCAGGAUACUGCUCUGCCUUUGCCUACAAGCCCAUGCACUGUGCCCUGUCCUCCCAGCUCAAUGGGAAGUGCAUCGAGCUGGUGCAGGUGCCGGGGCAGAGCGCGAUCUUCACCUGCUGCGACCUCCCCGGCACCACCCCCAUCAAACAGAGCAGCCGCAGGAACAGCUGGAGCUCAGAUGAAGGGAUUGGGGAAGUGAUGGAGAAGGAAGACUGUAUCCAGGCUCUGAGUGGACAGAUCUUCAUGGGAAUGGUCUCAUCUCAGUAUCAGGCCCGCCUUGACAUUGUCCGCCUCAUUGAUGGAUUGGUCAAUGCCUGCAUUCGUUUUGUCUACUUCUCCCUGGAAGAUGAGCUCAAAAGCAAGGUGUUUGCUGAGAAAAUGGGUCUGGAGACUGGCUGGAAUUGUCACAUAUCCUUGACACCCAAUGGUGAUGUGCCUGGCUCAGAGAUCCCCCCAUCCAGCCCCAGCCAUGCUGGCUCCCUGCACGAUGACCUCCAUCAGGUUUCCCGAGAUGAUGUGGAGGGGCUUCUGCUGAUGGAGGAGGAAGGGCACUCGGAUCUCAUCAGCUUCCAGCCAACAGACAGUGAUAUCCCCAGCUUCCUGGAGGACUGCAACAGGGCCAAACUCCCCCGGGGGAUCCACCAGGUGAGACCUCACCUCCAGAACAUUGACAACGUGCCUUUGCUGGUGCCCCUGUUCACAGACUGCACCCCAGAGACCAUGUGUGAGAUGAUCAAGAUCAUGCAGGAGUAUGGGGAGGUGACCUGCUGCCUGGGCAGCUCUGCCAACCUUCGGAACAGCUGCCUCUUCCUGCAGAGUGACAUCAGUAUAGCCCUGGACCCUCUGUACCCAUCCCGCUGCUCCUGGGAGACCUUUGGCUAUGCCACCAGCACCACCCUGAGCGAUGGCUCUGAGGAGCUGACCCCUCUGCAGCUCUCAGGGCAGCUCAACAGCCUGCCCUGCUCCAUGUCCUUCCGCCAGGAGGAGAGCACCAGCAUCAUCAGGCUCAUAGAGCAGGCCAGGCACGCAACCUAUGGCAUCCGCAAGUGUUUCCUCUUCCUGCUGCAGUGCCAGCUGACCUUGGUUGUCAUUCAGUUCCUCUCCUGCCUGGUGCAGCUGCCCCCCAUCCUCAGUACCACAGACAUCGUGUGGCUCUCCUGUUUCUGCUACCCACUGCUCAGUAUCUCACUCCUGGGCAAGCCUCCCCACAGCUCCAUCAUGACCAUGGCAACAGGAAAAAACUUGACUUCCAUUCCCAAGAAGACUCAGCACUACUUCCUGCUCUGCUUCCUGCUGAAGUUCAGCCUGACCAUCUGCUCCUGCCUCAUCUGCUUUGGGUUCACCCUGCACGAGUCCUGCAAAGGGGUGAACACAACCAGCCUCAACCUCACAGCCUGCUCCUCCAUCAUGCUGCACAGCAAUGCUUAUGGUGCUCCUGACUGGUUUGGGACAUUUUCCAAUGCUCUCCUGGUAGCCCAGAAGCUCACAGCUGGCCUGAUUGUUUUGCACACAGUGUUCAUAUCCAUCACCCACGUGCAUCGCACCAAGCCCCUGUGGAAGAAGAGCCCCCUGUCCAACCGCUGGUGGACGCUCACUGUGGCUGUUGUAGUGCUGGGGCAAGUGGCACAGACUGUGCUGGACCUGAAACUCUGGGAAAACCUCAACUCUUCUUUGACCUUUAGCCACGUCUCCAUCUCUCCGGUCGCGUGGCUCCUGGGUUUUCUUUCCUUGGUCCUUGUGGUUAUCAUCAAUGAGAUUGUCAAGCUGCAUGAAAUCAGGGUCCGUGUCCGUUACCAAAAGAGGCAGAAGUUGCAGUUUGAAACCAAGUUGGGGAUGAAUUCGCCAUUUUAAAAACACCCAGCUCAAGUUCCCUGGGGCCAGGGCCAAACAGCCACUGGGAGAGUGGCUGCACCAAAGGCUCAGGGAAUUUUCCAUCACACAUGCAAACCAGACAGCCUCCUGGCAAAACUACACCUGCACCUUCCCAGGGCCCAGGCAGGGAUCCCCCCACAGGUAUGCAGCCCCCUCCCAGCCUACCAGGUACCCUCACAGGAACCUGCAAGCUCUGGUGCCUGUUCAGGCUGCUCUUCCUUUAUUUAUUUAUUACUGGAGGUAUUUGUUAGUAUCAUGGCGAUGCUAAAAUGAAGUGGCUCCUUUCCUCUUUGUGAGCAGAUGGGUUUCCUGGGCCUGGCAGGAGAAUCUGGCACCAGUAGGGCUGCUGAAGCAGGAGAUCUCUAUUGAAUCCCGUUUUGGUUUUUCACUUCAGCCCGUUCUCCGUGUGUGCAUGCCUGUGCAUGCCCUCCCACCUCCCUGCGCUGUGUCCGGGGCAAAGGAGCCUUCCCUCUUGCAGUCCCGAGUGCUGGGAGCUCUCAUUCCCGAGGGGACAGUGGGAACAGGCCAGCCCUGCCCUCUAGUGUCGCUGUCACGGCCGUGUGCUGGCUGUGUCGGCAGCGGGAUGAGGCAGGGCUUUGGGCACAGCCGCCUGUGAUCCGGUGCCGAGGGAGGGCAGCUCUGCCUGCCUGCGGGGAGCCAGCACGGCUCAGCUUCCUGCAGCCCUCUUGAACCAGCUUUUAUGUUCUUUAACAGCCCCCAGAGAGGUUUUGUAGCUCUUCUCCUGUUUGUGAUCCGAGCUGCUGUUCUGCUUCAGUAAUGUGCCUGCUUGAGACAAGCACAGCUCGAGAUAAAGCCUGAGCCCUGACUGUCCUGCCUUAGAGGGAGGGGAUGUCUUUCCAGGCAGGAUAUCUGCAACUUGCAGUUGUGACUAAUACAGAGCUGGUGAAUGGCUCCUUUUCCAAUCCCUGGAUUGUGCUGCAUCCAGUUCUGGCUCCCCAAGGCACAGGGAACCCCGCCCAAUCAUGUCUGUCUGUGAUAGUGCUGGGAAGUCUCUCCCCUCUGUGCUGAUGGCUUCACACAGAACCACAGAAUGCUUUGGGUUGGAAGGGGCCUUAAAGCUUUAUCUUGUUCCACCCCCUGCCAUGGGCACCCUGCCAUGGGCAGGGACACCUUCCUCUAUCCCAGGGUGCUCCAAGCCCUGUCCAGCCUGACCUGUAACAGUUCCAGGGAUGGGGCAGCCACAGCCUCCCUGGGCAACAUCUGCUCAGUGUUUUUCUGGAGGUCUCUUCGUUUGCCUGGAGGGACCCUCCCCUGAGGGCUCUGCCAAACCCUGAUCUGCCCCAGUGCAGCACACAAGCUCCUGAGCUCUGACCAGACCCCAUCUGUACUGGGAGCACUGGUCCUGCUGUGGGCUGACAGCCAAGGCCCACACAGGAGCACACAGGCUUGGCUCCCAGAAUAUUUGCAGGUCAUGGAGACACUGACUCUAAUUCUAAACACUGACUAAAGCUGGUAAAUCCUGGCCCUGGUUUUGGCCCCAACAUUUAACACUACAGUAUUUGGCUGUUACUUCCUCUUUGGUACCUGAGAUUACCAAGUGGGAGCUGAUCCCUCCUGGGCAGGCAGGGAGCUGGCUGGAACCCCCAAGCUCUGCCCUGCUGCUCCACCUUGUCUUCCUCACUUUUCAGCAUAACCAGAGAGCACAGACAUGGCUGAGUGUCUCUAAGCAAUACCCUCACCCUGCUGUGGGGCUGGCAGAGGAGCAGAGCUGGGUACAGCCAAGCCCUGAGCUCUGGGGACACACUGAGGGUGCUGGAGGGGCAGCUGGGGCUGUUCCAAGCCCGGGACCCGGUUCCUGCAGCUGCGGGUGGAUGUAGAGAUGCCAUGCUGGCAGGAUGGCACAGGACAGGGAGGCAGCAGCGCCCUGGGGAAGCACAGGGCUCUCAGGGCUCCUCCCCUGCACCAUAGCAGUGUCUGCCCACCUUUGCCAGCCAGGCUGGACUGUGCCCUCACUGCCCUGGCACCUGCAGGGCUCAGGGAGAACAAGCUGCACCUUUCUCAGCCUCAAUUCACUGAAUGCCAGCUCCAGAUCUGUGACACCUGGCCCCUGAGAAAUCAGCUUUCCUUCCCCAUGCCAGGGUGGGAUCACAAGUGGGGUAUGAUCUCUGUGGCCAAGCUGAGCUGGGGUCAGAGCAGCACAGAGCUGCUCGCUGCUGUCCCAGCUGUGCCCCCACCCACACCUCAGCUCUUGUCCUGUGCCAUGAACUGCUGUGGGUGUUGAAAAGCAGCAGAUUCCAGGGCUUCCUGCUGGCCACACCUUCCUCUAGAGAAGGCACCUUCAAGAUUUCCUCCUCUGGGUGAUCACAAAUGUUUAUUUUCCUGCAUCCUCCUUCCCCAGCUAGAUUGGAGGGAGCUAAAGUGUAUGAAUGGAGCCUUUAGGAUGGUCUUGCCAGUGCCACCCUUCCCUCAGCCAUUGAAGUGUCUAAGGGUCAGAGUGCAUGGCUUCAGAAGGAAAUUUCCUACAUCAAGAUGUUUUUAAAUGCUGUAUAUUUUAUAUUAAAUUUUUUGGGAUGUAUGUAAAAAUAUUUCAUUUGUAUUAAAACUUGUAAAUUGUAUAAAAAAGGAAAAAAAAAAAGAAACAAACCCAGACCCACAAGCAUCCAGUAUAUGAAUGGCAAUAAAUGAUUGUCUUGGAUAACACACCCAAGAGUUGGGAACGAGUUUGCACCCAGCAAAGGAAGGAGGUAAAAAUGUCUGUGGCUGCUGGGGUCACAGGGUGUGAUUUUCCUGUUUUAGGGACACAGCCAGAGCUUGAUGCUCCUGGGAUCCAGUUCUGGCCUUUUUCCCAGUUUCUGCUCAGCUUUGGGCAAAUCUGUCCAUCUCUGAAAGCCUCUUCCUACAAAGUUUGGUUUCCUGGAUCCCAGGCACUGCUUCAGUCGAGGCUGGAGGCACAGUGUGA